AUGUUCGACUUUCUCAACGCUACAAUUCAUCCCGCCCGUGAACCUUUACCCAUCUCGGUCCUCCGCGGCUCUGCUCCAUCUCCAGCGAAAGCUCUCUCCAUUGCCGCUUCCAUCGCAGGGCUCAUCGCCCUUGCCGGCAAGGUAGCCGAGCUUUCUCACGAGCCAUACGACUCGACGGUGCUUUCCAACUGCGAGAGCACGGUGCGAAACAUCCAGCACCGGCUUGUCUUGUUGCGGCAAAUCAUCGUGGAAUCUGCCUGGUAUAGGCUCAUGCACCGUUCCAGAUUCAACUCGAUCGUGUCAGAGGUGACGGCAAUGACGGAGCACCUGGCCGCUUUCAAGCUCACCUUGAACAUCGCGCUUCAGCUGCGACUCAUAAGAGGCCCCAACAAGUCGGAUACGGGUGUCGACUUGGACCGCGUGCGUGCAGAUAUACUAUACAGGAACUGGCAUCACUGCACAAGCAACUGCGAGGCUCACACAGGUGUUCUAGUGGACCACUAG